AUGCUAGAAUCAAUCCUCAUCACCCUCAUCGCCUUCCUCUUCCUCCUCUUUCUCGUGCUCCUCUUCUUCUUCGUGCUGCUCUCCACAACACUCACGCGGCUGCCGUGGCAGCUUGACUACCGCCGGCUACCACCUAUGUGUUAUGGUGGGCUGCAGGGGACAAGGGAGGUGAAGGAGAUGGGGAUGGGGAUGGGGAUGGGGUGUUGCGCGGGUGGUGGUGGUGGUGGAGGUGGAGGUGGAGGUGUGGAGGAUUCUUUGGUUUGA